AUGGAUGGGCGUGUCCUCAAAUCAUUUUUCUCCAAAAUUACCUUGUUAGAUGUGAUAGUUUUCCCGUUCACCUUCGCCCUGUUCAUCCCGUUCACCGUUGGGCAUAGCAAACUUCUAAUGGCAUGUUGGUUGGUCAACACGUGGUCCAUUCUUCAAAUGCUACUGUUUUGCAACUUGUUCCAAUCGAUUGCCAUCGUGGGCACUCUGCUGUACAAAGCAGUAAAUCUACAAAUUCACAACUGCAUCGAUCAGCUAUCCCAUUUGGAUAACCAAGAAACGCGCUGGCAUCACUUCGAUCGCGGUCUCAAACUGACGAUCUGCAAGCGAUUAGCCAUCGAAAUCGAUCACCUUUGCAGACUACAUCGAGCCAUUACCAGACUGGUUCAAAAAUUGGUCCAAAUUCUAAGCCCUCCGAUGAUCUUCGUCACAACGUACCAAUGUCUGAUCAUACUAGCGGAGAUUUACUUCGAGUACAUUUCGACCGUAAAGGAUUUGCGAGCGGGGCUGCCCCUAAACUACGGCCAGUGGCUGAGCUCGUUCCUGUUUAUGGUGAUGAAUGGACUGCAGUUUUACUUCACCGCCUCGGUGUACGCCCGAAUGACGGAGGAGGCGGAAAAGUCGGCAAUUCUGCUGAACGAGUUCUUCCUGUGCGAUGUUGAUUUUCGGUUGGAUUUGAGCAUUGAACUCUUUACCGUGGAAAUGUUGCACCACAACUACAAAAUCGAUAUUUGCGGUCUUUACACGGUGGAUUUUACGAUGGUGAACUCGGUGAUUGGAAGGUUGACGAUAUAUCUCAUCAUGCUUGUGCAAUUCGAGUUGGCAGAAUAUUGAAAUAAAAAAAAGAAGAGACAUUUCGGAUCAUCAAAAAUACACACACGGAUAUUUACGGAACUUCUAAUCCCAUACAGUUAUAUUUUAGUAUUAUGCUA